CCCGCCCUUGCCCAGCUUAGCCCAGCCAUGAGCUCCUUCCCACCCCCGAUCAACUUCCCCAAAUGGCUCGAGGAGAACAGAGAUCGCCUCCAACCUCCAGUGGGCAACUUCUGCCUCUUCAAGACGGAGGAUUAUACGGUCAUGGUUGUUGGGGGACCGAAUGCUAGGAGUGAUUAUCACUACCAGCCCACCGAAGAAUUCUUCUACCAAGUCCAAGGAGCCAUGAUCCUGAAAGUCAUCUCACCCAAGACGGGCAUGUUCGAGGACAUCGUCAUCGGUGAAGGCGAGAUGUUCAUGCUGCCCGCCAACACCCCUCAUUCCCCCUGUCGCUUCGAGAAUACCGUCGGCCUGGUAGUGGAACGAACGCGUCCCAACGUACCCGGCGCAGAGGGGGAAGAUGCUAUGAGGUGGUACUGUCCGAAUCUGGAGGCGCACGAGGGGAAGCCUUUCCUUGUCAGGGAGGAGAGGUUCAAGUGUACGGAUUUGGGCACGCAGUUGAAGCCCAUUAUUUCCAAGUGGGGCCAGGAUGAGAAGGGGAGAAAAUGCAAGGGAUGCGGGUAUGUGGCGGCGGAGAGGGAGUUGCCUGGUGGACUGAGGAGACCCGAGGAGGUGCGCAACAUGCAGCAGAAGGCUGGUGUGGCAUAGCGUGGUACGGUGCGAUGUGGCGGUUCCCAAUUGACUGUCUAAAGUAGCAAAAAGCAGCAGCAGCAGCAGCAGUAGUAGCAGCAACAAGUCUACCAGCCCAGCGAGAAAAAUGCGACUCCCAAUUCUCCCCUGCCAUCUGGCCUCUUGCCCCUCUACACGCGCCCACGCACAACGAUGACUCCCCUCUGCCGAUCCACAUCGGCUCUCCACCCCUCUCGCUGCAAGUACUUUGCAACCGAAGGUGUCAAGAUGGCCAC